UUGAUUUAGCGGGGUUAAUAAACAACAGAACCCCACCAAUAUCUCGGCGGAAGCACAGGCAGCCUGGCCACCGGCUGAGGCAAGCGGCAUCCACCGCCUGCCCGCCAGGCCGCCCGUUCCUCCCUGCCUUCCUCCCUCCGGGCAGCCGCGGAGGCUUUCCUUGCCUCUCGCCGGCGAGCGGAGGAGGAAGAGCCGCCGCCGCAGCGCCUGCCCCGGGGCCGGAUCGGCGGCCGCUGGCCAAGGUGGGUGGGCGCAGCCGGUCCGGGGCUGCGGGCAGCAGCUCCCGAAUCACCGAUCGCUUCUGCAGAGGCCGGGGCCGAGGCCUGCCCACCCGUUCCGUGCCGAGCGGCGGCGAGGAGAGGCGUGCGGCCGGGCGGACAGCGGGUGCCGGCCCUCGGCAUCGCCCGCCGCGGAUAUGAUGGAGCUCCUAGAGGAAGAUCUCACCUGUCCCAUUUGCUGUAGCCUGUUCGAUGAUCCUCGUGUCCUGCCCUGCUCCCACAAUUUCUGCAGAAAGUGUCUGGAAGGUAUUCUUGAGGGAAAUGUGCGGAAUGUGCUUUGGAGACCAUCCCCUUUCAAGUGCCCCACGUGCAGGAAGGAAACUCCUGUUACUGGCAUCAACAGUUUGCAAGUCAACUACUCCCUGAAAGGUAUCGUGGAGAAGUACAACAAAAUCAAAGUAACUCCGAAAAUGCCCGUGUGCAAAGUGCACAGCGGGCAACCCCUUAACAUCUUCUGCCGGACAGACAUGCAGCUGAUCUGUGGGGUUUGUGCCACCCGUGGUGACCAUACAAAGCACGUUUUCUGUUCUAUUGAAGAAGCUUAUUCCCAGGAGAAGCGGGCCUUUGAAACCCUCUUUCAGGGCUUUGAAACGUGGCGUUGUGGAGAUGCCCUCUCGCGGCUGGAUACCUUAGAAACCAGUAAGAGGAAAGCUCUGCAGAUGCUGACCAAAGAUUCUGACAAAGUGAAAGAGUUCUUUGAGAAGCUGCAGCACACGCUGGAGCAGAAGCGUAAUGAGAUUCUCUCUGACUUUGAGACCAUGAAGCUUGCAGUGAUGCAGGCCUACGACCCGGAAAUCAAUAAACUGAACACCAUUCUGCAGGAGCAGCGGAUGGCUUUUAACAUUGCAGAGGCCUUCAAAGAUGUGUCUGAGCCUAUUAUAUUUCUGCAGCAGAUGCAGGAGUUCAGGGAAAAAAUCAAGGUGCUCAAAGAAACUCCUUUACCUUGUUCCAGUGUGGACAUCAGCCCUACAAUGAAGAGCUUUGAUACCAGCCAGUGGAAUGGCAUAAAGCUAGUUGAUGUGGACAAACUUUCCUUGCCUCAGGAAAACAACACUCUUAAAUUCAAGAUUCCCUCAGUCUUUUCGCGCAGAUUUGUAGUGAAUUCUCUUAUUUGCUUGCUUAUUCUUGCUGUCACCAGGAUGUCCUUUGUGGAGUCAGUUGUUGACAAUCUCCAGUGCUGGAGAUCUCAAUUCUUUGCAAUUAACUUGUCCUAUUUGGCAGAUACGGUGGAGAUAGCAGAUCACGCAGUCUUUUACUGGGAACAGAUGACAGAUGGAGCUUCACUUCUAAGAGAAAAGUGUAAAAACUAUACAUUGGUUGUACUGGAUAAUGUUGCACAGUUUGUGUGCAAGUAUAAACUGUUGUGAAGUAGGAAUAGAAGAAGUAAGAGAAAUCUGGUGAAGAAAACAUAGAACUUCUCAAGAUUAAUUGGGUUUUCAAGACUUCCAGUGAAAACAUUCCAAGAUUCAAAAUGUUUCCAAAACAUUCAUGCUAUUCACACAGUUUGAGUGCUGAUAAACUGGAAGAUGAAAUGGAGCUUUGAAAAACACAUUGUUUUGGAUUCUUCUUUUAGUGGUGAUUAUGGGAAUAUUAUUCACUGUAAAUCAUUCUUCUUACCAAAAUAUAGGGCAAAAGUGUGUAUGUAGUUUAAUGUUAAUUGUAGAAUAAGAUAAAAAAUGUCACUUCCUCAGAGGUCACAGUUAAAAACACUUACUGUUUUUUCCUAAAUGGGAGGUGGUUGGGAAAGAGGAAGAAGAGUUGUGACUGAGAAGAGCACUGUACUGAGAGGCUGGCUGCGGACUGCCCUGCCGCUGCAAAAUAGAGCAUGCAUCCUUCACGUUCUGGAGCCACUUUCUAUCUGAGGAUGUUACUUCUCUCUAGAACAGAUACAUGUACUUUUUUGUAUAACCAAAUGUUGUGAUGAUCCUGUGCAUUCAGAUUACUGUAGGUUAUUGUUUACAUGUUCUGUACAAAAAAGUAUCUUCAGGACAAGCAUAAAUUCUAGAGUAAAGAGAAAUCAGUUGAGGUUGGUAAGAGAAGAACAAGCUAGAAGGUAGUACAUGCUUUGCAGAUAGUACAAACUUUGCAGUCUACUUUUCCAACAUCAAAUCGCAGGGAUAACUGAGCUGUCUUACUAAAUCCAUGUUUCUCUGAAGCCACACUUUCUUAAAAAGUGGCCUUAAUGUGUUGAAUUUAGUGUGGUGAAAGGCAUGCCUGGGUCAGCUGCUAGUGCUCUAGCCCUGCAAAGGUGGCAGGUAGAGCAGUUUCCUUCCUGUCCCUCUCUUGACUCCAGAUCGUCAUUCCAAAAGCCAGGAAAAAUGAUGGGAUGAUUCCUUGGAACAGAGUGCAUAAAGUGACAGGAGUAUGGAUGUUGUUAGUGCUUUAGCAUUGGAACAUAUAUAGGCUCUUCUAGUGUUACUAUAUUUUUGUGUACCUUGUUUCAGGAGCUAGUUGAAUUUUCUGAGUGUAUUAACUUGGCUGUGGGAUAACAGUGAUCUGAAGUGAACUGUAAGCUUGAGUUCUCUGAAGUGCCCUUCUUUAAGAGCGUACAAUACUGAGAUGUAUUGCUUGAAGAGCAUCUAACCUCUUUUUGCAGUGGUCCUAUGAACACCAAUAUAUAGAAUGAAAACAUGUAGUUGAAUUUUCUGCGAAACAAACAUGAAGUGUGCCAUACUUUGGGGAUAUUCAUUAGCUUCUCUCAAGGUUUAAUAAGUUAUGACGGUCAAUUCACUGUCUUUGCAAGCUGUUCAUUUCAAAAAUGAAACAUUAAAUUCCAAGAAUCAAAGUUUCCAAGCAACCAAACCCUGCAAACAAAACUAUUGUACAUGAUAUUUACAUCUUUGUUGCCUGGGAAUACUGUCGCUGCUCCACACCUCACUCCAAACACUUGGUAAAAGCACUGAAUGGUUCUUGCAGCUGCAGAUGCCUUGCAGUUUAGGAAAGAUCAAGUCACAGACACGUAGAUCAGACAGUUACAAUUUGUGAGUGGCUGAAAAAGCAAUGAGUAAUCGAGAGGUGGUAGUUGUGAGUGUGGGAGGGGUGAGAUUUGUAACCCGGGCUUCUACCUUGCAGCAGUUCCCUGAGUCCAGGCUGGCACGGAUGUUGAAUGAUGAUGACCGGGAAUUUAAACUGGUGAAUGGAGAGUUUUUUGUGGACAGAGAUGGAACUUUGUUUAGUUACAUCAUGGACUUCUUGAGGACUCUCCAGGUCUCCUUACCAAUUGAUUUCUCAGACUAUCAGAGGCUGCAGAGGGAAGCAGAAUUCUAUGGGCUCUACCCUCUGGCUGACCUCCUGAGCCAGGAACACUUGCUGAAGCCAAGGCUGGAGAUCUUGGAAGUGCGUUUUUCUCUCCAAGAGAUGCAGGCCUUUUUCCGGAUCUUUGGUUCCUGCAGUGCCACUGUUGAGACACUAGCUGAGCAGAUCACGGUGUUCAUGGGGCAGCAGUCAGGACAGAGCUGGAACAGCCCUUUUCCUUCUCAGAAACCACUUGUUCCGCUUCCUUUGGAAAGACCUUCUCAUCAUGACAUGGUUUUUCAGUGCGGUACUGACUACUCUGCUGGUGACCAGUUUGUGGCCAGGUACUCUCCCUAGUGUGACUUCUCAUUAUGGAGAUGUCUUUAUGACUUGUAGUUCGUAAAGUACAUGCUACGUGCUAGUAAAGCUCAUUUUAAAGUAGCUAUCAGACAGCUGUCUGAGAGAAAUGUUUCCUUCUUUCUGCUAGUUUAAUGUUAUCUUUUUCUAGUUCUGAAAUACUCAGUUUAAUUUGCUACAUGGAUUUGCCUAUUCUUCAGCUUUCUAAACGCUGAUCUUGAUGUUUGGGUUUGUGUUCAGUUGGGUCUUUUUCUCCCUCUACCCUUUCCUUCUAACUCGCUCUCCCAGGCUUUAGAAUUCCAUGGCAUCAGUGACCUUCUAGAGGACUUGAAAAACACAGAGUAAAAUCAAGCAAAGCAAACAAAAUAAAUAAGAAGUGAAGUACUGGGGAAGCCUAAAAUCUCUACUAGCUCAUGGUCCAAAAGACUUUCAUAUGGAAAAGGG